ACAUGAACAAAAACACCUCCCAAAUUUCUCUCCAUCACCCCUCGCAGAUCUAGAUAAUCUCUCUCCCGAUCCCAAUCGAAGCUCCGUCAAUGGCGCCAGAUCUCGCUCCCCCGCGAACCCCAACAGAUCUCUUCGGCGAUCCGAUCGAGGACUCCGCCCCUCUCUGGUUCAAAGCCUCCUCUUUCCUAAGCCCCUCCUUCGACCCCGAAUCCUACAUCGACGAUCUCAAAUCCUUCGUCCCCCUCGAGUCCCUCGCCAAGGAGCUCAGAUCUCACCUCUCCUCCCUCAAAUCCGAGCUCGUCGAUCUCAUCAACCGCGACUACGCUGACUUCGUCAGCCUCAGCACCAGGCUCGUCGAUGUCGACUCCGCCGUCGCUCGCAUGCGCGCGCCGAUUGUUGAGUUCAGGGAGAAGGUCGCGACGUUUCGAGAGGCGGUGGAUUCGGCGCUUGGGAAUCUCAGGGAGGGGUUGAGGCAGCGGGCGGAGGCUGCGGCGGCUAGGGAGGUUCUUGAAUUGUUGCUUGAUACGUUUCAUGUCGUGUCCAAGGUUGAGAAGCUCAUAAAAGAGCUUCCUAGUACGCCAUCAGAUGGAUCGACCAUUGACAUAGUCCAUCUAGACAAGGGUGCUAUAAUCAAUGACACUUACUCACAAGAUAUGGGGAAUGGGACAACUCUUAGGGAAACCCAAAGUAUUCUAUUGGAGAGAAUUGCCAGUGAGAUGAAUCGGCUAAAAUUCAACAUAAAUCAUGCAAAGAACCUUCCCUUCAUUGAAAACAUGGAGAAGCGGAUCCAGAGUGCUACCCUUUUAUUGGAUGGUAGCUUAGGACAUUGUUUUGUGAAUGGCCUUGAACAUCGAGAUGCAACUGCUAUUUACAAUUGUUUACGUGCAUAUGCUGCCAUCGACAACACCUCAGCCGCUGAAGAAAUUUUUCGCACCACUAUCGUGACACCAUUGAUUCAGAAAAUUAUCCCCUAUGGCCAAAUCCAGGUGGUGGAUGGGACAUCUUCUGAUGAACUUGAGGAGGAUUAUACACAAAUUAAGCAAUGCAUCGAGAAAGAUUGCAAAUUUUUGCUGGAAAUAUCUUCAUCAGCCAAUUCAGGUUUACAUGUUUUUGAUUUUCUGGGCAACUCAAUACUUAAAGAAGUCCUUUUGGCCAUCCAAAAGGGAAAACCAGGAGCGUUUUCGCCUGGAAGACCUACAGAGUUUCUGAAAAACUACAAGUCAAGCUUGGAUUUUUUGGCUUUUCUUGAAGGUUAUUGCCCAUCCAGAGCUGCUGCAUCCAAGCUCCGAUCAGAGACUGUAUACAUAGAUUUCAUGCGACAAUGGAACAUUGGAGUUUAUUUUUCACUCAGAUUUCAGGAAAUUGCCGGUUCCCUGGAUUCUGCUCUUAUGGCUUCCACUAUUACUCGUGUUGAUAACAAGCAGGGGAAAUUCUCAAAAUUAACAUUAAAACAAAGCAUUGCACUUCUAGACAGCUUGCGAUCUUGCUGGAGUGAGGAUGUUCUUGUUAUUUCCUGCUCUGAUAAAUUCCUACGUUUAUCAUUGCAGCUCCUUUCAAGGUUCUCAACUUGGCUGUCUUCUGGUCUGGUUGCUCGCAAAGGGGACAGUGCACACUCAAGCACUACUCAUAACUCUGAAUGGGCUAGCACUGCGCGUAUAGAGGAUCUUAUAUAUGUAAUGCAUGAUGUACGAUCUCUGGUUAUGGAGAUUACAGGUGAUUACCUGGGAGAUGUGCUUCGAGUGCUCGAGUCUUGCUCUGCUCAAGUACUUGAUCUUGUAAAACAAAGUAUUUUGCAUGGUAAAAAGUCUUUGGAGGAGUGUGUACCCAUGAUAAUGGAUACAAUAAUCGAUGCCAUAGUGAAGAUGUCUGUUGAGGACUUGAGACAGCUUAAAGGGAUCACAGCAACAUACAGGAUGACUAAUAAACUUCCUGUUAGGCAUUCACCUUAUGUGUCAGGGAUUCUGCGACCACUGAAGAAUUUUCUUGAUGGAGAACACAUUGAUCUUGUGACGAAAGAAACUGUCAAUCAACUGCUGUUUGGUGCUGCUGAACGGAUUACCAGCCGUUAUUAUGAGCUAGCAGCAGAUGUUGUGAAUGUGGCAAGGAAAACAGAAUCUUCCCUGCUCAGAUUACGGCAAGGUGCACAAAGGCGGGUGGGAGGAAGCUCAGAUACUGCAGACAGCAAUAUAUCUGACACUGAUAAGAUAUGUAGGCAGUUAUUCCUUGACAUUCAGGAGUAUGGACGCAAUCUUGCUGCACUCGGGAUUAACGCGGGGGAAAUUCCAGCAUAUAGUUCAUUUUGGCAGCUAGUGGCUCCUGAAGACCAGCAAGCACAUAUUGCCUUCUAAUUUGAUCUCACGUAAACCAUUUUAAAGCCGGGGUUAUUGUUUAUCAAUUGAUUUUGUUCUCCUUUCUCAUUUUCUUUAUAUAAUAGUUCUGUGGUAGCGCAUAUAGAGAUCUUGCUUAACUAUAUAUAGUUGCUUAUUUCGUUGUAGCCUUUUGAGUUGCGAUGUAGAAAAGAACUUGCUUUGAGGUCACCUAUAAAGUCUGAAGAAAGAACGAUGAA